UAACCAAUUUAUGGUACCCAACAACUUAUUCACCCAAAAUUCAAAAGAUCAAACCUUGCAUUAAUAUACAAACUCCUAACCAAUAUUUAUUUCAUCACAAGUCCACCCCUUUAACAUACAUACACUCCAUCCAUAGUCACGUACUCACUCUAAAAUUAACACAAUGGAAUGGAAAAUGUUAAAGCUACUAACAUUAUGGUCCCUUCACAUUUUAUGUCUCAUUUUGCUUCAUAUGAAAAAAGCAAAUGCAGAGGUUCCGGCCAUAAUUGUGUUCGGCGACUCCUCCGUUGACGCCGGGAAUAAUAACUACAUUCCGACGGUUGCACGGAGCAAUUUUCAGCCAUAUGGACGUGACUUUUACGGUGGACAAGCCACCGGAAGGUUCUGCAAUGGAAGAAUACCAACUGAUUUCAUAUCAGAAGAUUUUGGUAUAAAAAAAUAUGUGCCUGCAUAUUUAGAUCCUAAGUAUAAUAUUUCAGAUUUUGCUACUGGUGUCAGUUUUGCUUCUGCUGCUACUGGUUAUGAUAAUGCAACUUCAGAUGUACUUUCUGUGAUACCAUUAUGGAGGCAAUUAGAGUACUACAAGGACUACCAAAAGAAUCUGAGUGCAUAUCUAGGCGAAACCAAAGCAAAAGAUACCAUUUCCAAAUCAAUACACCUUAUGAGUCUAGGAACAAACGAUUUCCUAGAGAAUUACUAUACCAUGCCUGGUAGGGCAUCACAAUACACACCUCAGCAGUAUCAAAUUUUUCUUGCUAGUAUAGCUGAGAAUUUCAUAAGGAAGCUAUAUGAUCUUGGUGCUAGGAAGAUAUCCCUAGGAGGGUUACCUCCCAUGGGAUGCUUGCCAUUGGAGAGAACCACAAAUAUUAUGGGUCAAAAUGGGUGUGUUUCCAACUACAAUAACAUAGCACUUGAGUUCAAUGAUAGACUCAAGAAUUUAACCACUAAGCUCAAUCAGGAGCUCCCUGGGAUGAGAUUGGCGUUUUCAAAUCCAUAUUACAUUAUGUUGCUAAUCAUAAAAAAACCCGACCUCUAUGGGUUUGAAUCAGCCUCAGUGGCAUGUUGUGCUACUGGAAUGUUUGAGAUGGGUUAUGCAUGCAGCAGGGGUCGCAUGUUCAGUUGCACAGAUGCUUCCAAAUAUGUGUUUUGGGACUCUUUCCAUCCCACAGAGAAAACAAAUAGUAUCGUUGCAAAGUAUGUGAUGGAUAAUGUGUUAGCUCAGUUUUUAGAAUGAAUUUUUACAAUAAAAAAUAGUAUUACUUGUGGAGUUUUACUUAUGUAUCGUAAUCACACCACUUUAGCACGUUCACCAUAAAAUGGCAUUUAGGCUUUCUAUUUAUGGUUGUAUGUUGAUGUGUGUAUAUAUAUAUAUAUAUAAGAAUGUUAAUACAGCACUUUCAUCAUAAAAUGUGCUGAUA